AGAUAUGCUCUUAUUCAUUAAAAAUGAUCAUAACUACUACAUGAAUCGUCCAGAAAAUAUGAUUCUUCAAUAUUAUGCCAGACAAGGAAGCAAAAUUAUACUUUAUUAUGUCUGUAAGUGCGUUAGAUUUCAAAAUGAAAGAAAUUCUUUCAUCGUUCUUUAAGAGUAUUUCCAUUCUAGCGUACGUUUAUAUAACAAUCACAGCUUUUGUACUGAUACCAACGGUAUCAUUGAUAAAUGAAAUCAUCAAUCAUUCUGAAGAGAGAAGCUUACCAAUCGAAAUCGAUUAUGGCAUAGACAUACAAGAAUAUUUCUAUUACCUAUUUAUACCUUUGUACAUAUCAAUGUUUCUAGUUCCUCAUGUAAUCGCAUCUUGCGAUAGCACGUACUUGCUAUACGCCCACCAUGCCAGUGCUUUGUUUGCAAUAGUCAGUUAUGAAUUGAAAACUGUUCACAUUUUCGAUACAAGUAGCUUAAUAAACUUAAAGGAUUAUGACUUACUCGAAAAGUAUAAAGACGUCGAAUUAUCAUCAGACGAACAGAAGAAAAUUUUUAAAAAAUUAUUGCUUUGCAUAAGAAGACAUCAAAAUGCAAUAAGAUACUCAAACCUCGUUGAAUCAUUUUUCACUAAAUCCAUAUUAGCUCAGAUGUUUUGUAACGUCGUCAGUCUUAGCAUUGGUGGAGUUGAAACGGUCUUGAAUUUAGACAAUACAAGGAACGCGAUGCGAUUUGGAGCACUUGCAUUGGCACAAGCUAUACACAUAUUCAUCCUUUGCUUUCCAGGGCAAACACUAUUAAAUCACAGUGAAGAAGUGUACGCCGCGGCAUGCGAGGUAGUGUGGUAUAUAUUUCCUAAAAGGUGCCAUAAUUUAUAUAUAUUUUUACUCACAAGGACUAUGGUAUUUAGCAAAAUAACAGCUUUCAAACUUUCGGUCAUGUCAAUGGAAACAUUUCUCUCGAUUAUUCAAACCGCAAUGAGUUAUUUCACUGUGCUAUUGUCAACUACAUGA